AUUGAUGCACUGAAAUGUGAAAAUCUAACAUAUUAUUUUCAUUCACUUUCAGAAGAGAGUAGUAUUCAAGCUGCGGAUUCCAACAGUCCGAAACAACCAUUUGUACCUUGUAAAGUAUGCGGUGAUAGAGCAUCAGGAUACCACUAUGGUGUGACAUCAUGUGAAGGUUGCAAGGGAUUUUUCCGACGGAGCAUUCAGAAGCAGAUCGAGUACCGGUGUUUGAGGGAUGGAAAAUGCAUGGUCAUACGGUUGAACAGAAAUCGCUGCCAAUAUUGUAGAUUUAAAAAAUGUCUCGCUGUGGGAAUGUCUCGGGAUUCUGUGAGAUUUGGGCGCGUACCAAAACGAUCAAAAAGCAUGGAUGAGCAGCAUGUGUCGUCAACGGAGCCCACGUUAGAGCAGACGGCACUUGAGAGUAAACAACUGGCAAUCUAUGACAUCAUUCUUAAUGUAUCACAAGCACAUCUGGCCAACUGCGGUGUCACUGACGAUAAACUCAAACUUCUGCAAAGGAGGCAUGCGACUCUGAUGACCAAGAUCGAGAUACCUGACACUCUAGUUCAGUUUUCAGACGAGGAGUUAGAGACGCAGCGAUUACUGAUGUGGCAGUGUUACGCUCAUCUCACAACUCCUGCUAUACAAAGUAUGGUAGAGUUUGUUAAACGUAUACCAGGUAUUUUAGAACUUUCACAAGAUGACCAGCUUAUAUUGAUUAAAAUGAGUUUCUUUGAAAUGUGGGUAACUCGUAUGGCACGCAUGUUCUCACCAGAUGAAAAUUGCCUCACUUUUGAAGAUGGCAGUAUGAUACAAAAAGAAGAGCUCUCUGUUGUUUAUACGACUGAGUUUGUGAAUGCAAUGUUUGAUGUAGCAGGGAAUAUAAAUGGCUUAAACCUCAAUGAUACAGAGAUAGGGCUGUUGUCUGCUGUUAUAUUGGCUACACCAGAUCGACAUGGAAUACGAGAUAUGAAAGCAGUUGAAAAUCUCUGGGAGAAACUGAUCGAGGCAUUAAAACUUCAGUUAAAACGGAACCAUUCUACAGAAGAGAAUUUAUUCGGCACUGCUCUUGUAAAGUUAUCAGAGUUACGUACCCUUGGUUCCCAUCAUAACGAACUGUUACAGUACUAUAGAUCACAUUGGCACCGAUGCAAAAUACCUCCACUUUUCUCAGAGAUUUAUGACGUUCCUAAAAACGAGGUAUACACAGGCGAUUCUGCAGCCUCAUUGUGAGUCCAUGAUGAAGAAUUGUGCAAAAGUAAUUGAACAGUCUUUAUAGAAAGAAGAAUAUGAUCACAUAAAAGCAGAGAGGAAAAAACAGAAGUAUCAUACCAAGAACAAGUUAUAACAGAUCAGGGAAAUUAUCAGGAAAAAAUCAGCCAGAAUUAGUUAUCAGCUUCAGUAUUUUUUUAGGUUUGAAAAUUCUGCUGUUUUUUUUUAACCAUGUUGUUUGAGAAAGCAAAUACGGGUUGUUUUCUUUGUAAAUCAAAAAUAUUCUACUGUUGUGAAUUUUGUUCAUUAUGAGAUCAGAAUCUAGAAUUUAUUUUCAUGUCUUUUCUGGAAUAUUUAAUGAGGAAAUUCUUGCAGUUGUCAAGCAUUAUCAAUUGUAUUUCAUAAUUCAAUUUUGGUUGGGUUUUUUUUUCUAGCAAAUUUUUGUUCAUAUUCUCUUAAACUAGCAUUACAUAUAUAACAUUUAUGUGACAUGAAGGUCAUGAACUAUUUAUACUUGAGUAAAGUUUUAUUUUAAAAAAAAAGAAUUUGUUAAGUGUGCUGAAAAAGUUCAGAUCAAAAUGAAAUCAAGUAAUUUUAUUCGUAGUGAUAUAUGAGGACAAUAUUCUCUGUUUAUAUAAUUAUGUAAGGUGAUAAAUAGAUAUUGAUAUCAAAAUAAAAUAUGUAUAUCAGAUUCUAAAGUUAACAAAUGACGAUUAUAAAAGAUGUGAAGUUCUGGGAUAUUUCCUUUCUUAAUUUUGUACAAUGAAAUGUUUAACAUAGUAGAUAGUGUUGCAAAGAAACUUAACAUUUAUGUAUGACAGAGAAAAUGUGAAAAACUUUUUUUAUUUGUUGAAAAUAUUUGUUAUAAUUUGAAAUGUACUCUCAAUUACCCGGUCCAGGCCAUACUUUAAAUACAUGGCUGAUGUAUACAUUUUGUUUGAAAAUAUGUAAAUUUAAGAAAAGAAUGCUUGUUUUUUGUAGAUUAUAUAGAUAUUAUAAUAAGUAAUACAGCUUUUAAAGCCAGCAUAGAUGUUUCUGUAUUUAAGAGGAAAGGGAGGUAAUUAAUAUGCACAUUUAACUAUGAUAUUAGAGUUACCUGUAGUUUCAUUUUGAGUAUGUGAAAUCUUGAUAUGUGUGGCGUCAGUCAGGUUUACUAUCAUGAAUCAUUUAUAUAUUGAUUUAUAUCCAGUUUUUACUUAAUUGAAGGUCAACCACUUAAGUAUUGGAAGUUUGGGGAAAAAAGAUAGUUGGUUUGAUAUUUGUCCAGUAUAAUUGUCUCCUACAGCCAGAUGAUAAGUAAUAUAAUUAAAGAUUGUGAGAAUAGAUUAUGAAAAGAAAAAUUAUUGUAAGAUCUUAAAGGGUGUGAAGCUAUAUCUAAUGAAAUAUUUUAAUAAAAAUUAUUUACAUUAAGAAUCAUACGUAGAAUGUCUCUGAUAUCUUACACACAUGAAUAAUGUACGUAAACAGAAUAAAAUGUUGCGGAGCAAAAUAGUUUGGUGAUACAUUUACGGUAGUUGGGUUAAAAUCGUUAAGCAAUGAUUUUGUGCACCUUAGGGAAAUAAACUAACAUAUUUCUAUGUAUUUUAUACAGAUAUUUUGAAAGUAUUCAAAAUCCAAGCAAUAAUUUUUACAGCAGAUAUAUAGCUUUAUACAGUUAAAAAGAGUAUAGUAUAAAUAUCUUACACUAUUAUUUUUCUUUUGACACCAUCACAUUAUGAGCACAAGCAGUGAUUCUAAUGACGGGGCUUUCCUUGCUGUACUUUUACACUCUUAUUAUGGUACUUAAUCAGUGUUUCCACCUUGAAAUUGUUUAGUUUAGCCAGGGACAUGUUGAAAUUCAGCGCAGAUUUAGUCUAUGCCCAUAUUUCAGCUUGGAUAGGGUUACAAACUGGUUU